AUGGCGCUGGUGUCUUUACUUGAAUCAGUCAGACCGCAGAUUCUGCAGGAAGGCCUGGUGUAUCUCGUCAUCCUUUAUAGUAUCUUUACUGUUGGAAAUGUACCCUCAGCCUCGGCUAGCAAAUGUCCCUUACGGCGCAUCCCAGGGCCGUUUUGGGCGCGCAUAACAUCGAUUCCAAUUUCCGCUGCAACGAUCAAAGGACAACGUGCCCAGGAAAUAUAUAAACUUCAUCAGCAGUACGGUUCGGUCGUACGUAUCGGACCCAAUGAAGUAUCUAUUGGAGACUACCGGUACUAUCGCCCUAUUUACACCGAUUCGAAAUCAAUCGUGAAAGACUCUCACUUUUAUGCUGCGGCCACUUUUAUUGGAAAAGAUAAUAUCUUUCAGAUGACGAAUCCGACUCAGCAUUCAGCUAGAAGGCGGCUUAGCGCUAUACCUUAUUCCCUGCAAUCGGUCACUUCUCUCAAUCCAUUGGAUGAACUCGUCGAGGAGGCAAUGGGAAUCAUGUUUGCUGGGAGUGGUACCACCUCUACAACAUUGACCUACCUCUUCUAUGCUAUCUCGCUCCCUGAAAAUUCGGCAAUUCAAACCAAGCUUCGCGAAGAGGUGCUGAGUCUCCCUGAUGAUGAUAUCCUCGCUCUUCGGAACAACGAUUACAUCAAUGCCGUGAUCAAAGAGACAUUCCGUCUCUUUCCUACCAUUAUCUCCACAUUACCGCGCAUCGUGACUGAGGCAUUCCAGAUGGAGAACUUUACGCUUCCCACGGGCACCGUGGUUGGAAUGCAAAACUAUGUUCAUCAUCGUGACCCCAGUGUCUUUCCAGAACCGAACACGUUCAGACCGGAGCGAUGGCUUGAGAGUACAAAAGAGAUGGAACUUUCUCUCACUCCAUUUAGUAUGGGAAGGCGUAACUGCAUUGGGCAAAAUCUAGCAUGGGAUGAGCUCUAUCUUGCCGUGGACUCGGUCAUGCGGGCACCGUUUAAAUUGUUGCUGGGCAAAGAGGUAAAGAGCGGAGAGAUGGACAUGGAGGACCGUUUCAAUAUUGCGCCAAAGGGUCGACGGUUGAUGUUGGAGAUAGUCCCGCUUUCGUAG